AUUUAUUCUUCCAUGUCCCCACACACCAACAUCAACUUCUUCUUUACAGACUUCCCCUCUCUUCUUUCAUCAUUCAUGUUGUGCCUGUGAUGAUGUUUCUUCAUUCAUUCCCUUCCAAAGUUCCAACCCUCUUUGUUGCAGCUACUCCUCCACUGAUCUAGUCUGAUAUGGCUUUUACAGAGCAUAAGCUUUUUUAGUAAUGGCGGCUAUACGAUCCUUCUUCAGUGGUUGUUUCACCUCUCUGGUUCUCCUCUUCCAUCUGGGUUGCUUCGUAUUCCCAAGCACUGGUCGUAUUUCAACGAAGAAGCGGAAGGUAUCUCCCCUCUCCCCUUCUUCUACUCCAUCUUCUCUCAAAUCACCCCAGAAAGCUCUCUCCUCCUCCUGGUCCUUCCUUAAGCGGAUCUUCUACUUCACGAACCAGAAGAAAUAUUACGAAAUACAAAUCACACAUCCCACCACGACCUCAACCGUUUCAUCCGCUAGAUCAUCGCAGCAAUUGACGUUCGAUACGACCCCAUCUGCUGAUUCUGCUCCGCUGCGCAAGAGGCAAAACGGUUCCCGACAGGAGCCCGACAUAUCGCUCCAUCAUCAUUCAUUUCCCCUCCGAAACGAUAUCUUUCCGUGCCCAAUCUGCGGCGAGGUCUUUCAGAAAACGCAGCUUCUAGAACAGCACCAAUCGAUCAAACACGCCGUUUCGGAGCUCUUCGAUGGUGAUUCAGGAAAGAAUAUUGUUCAGAUCAUUUUCAAAGCGGGAUGGGACAAUAAAGGGAAGCAGAACCCCAUCAUUCACCAAAUCCUCAAAAUCCAUAACAGCCCCAAGAUACUAUCUAGGUUCGAAGAGUACAGAGAGAUUGUGAAGUCCAGAGCGGCACGAAACGGACUGAGGAGACGAGACGAGAGGUGUAUCGCUGACGGUAACGAGUUGUUGAGGUUUAACUGUUCAACGUUCACUUGUGGGCUGGGACAGAAAGGGAAUUCCAGCAUUUGUAAGCAGUCCUACUGCAGCGUAUGCGGGAUCAUAAGGUCGGGCUUUUCGGCGAAGAUGGACGGCAUAUCGACGCUUUCGAGCAGCUGGAGAGCACACGUGGCACUUCCGGAUGAGAUCGAGUCAGAGUUUGCGUUCAUGAACGUGAAGCGUGCCAUGUUGGUGUGCCGAGUUAUAGCGGGUCGGAUCGGAUGCGAAGGAGAACAGGAGGUAGUUGACAAGGAAGACGCGCAGUAUGAUUCGGUCGUAGGGAGGAACGGUGGAGCCCACUCUAGGUUGGAUGGAGAUGAGCUUUUCGUUUUUAAUCCGAGGGCGGUACUCCCUUGCUUUGUGAUUAUAUACAGCGUCAGUGUGUGAAGUGGUGUGUGUUAGUUUUGCUCCUCUUUACUUUCUUUCU